AUGGGGGUACAAACCCAACCGCAGCAACUCCAGAAAUUAGACCAGUUGGACAUUUCUAAUAUGAAAAUUAUUAACCUUUCCAAUCUUAAACUCCUACCUGAUCACAUAACAUUACUUAAUAAAGGACUAUCAUUUGUACCUACACCGAGUGCAGACGACUUUGAAUGGCUAAAGGAUAUCAACCUAUUUGGCCGCAAACUAGCCCUAUGCCCAUUACAUAAAAAGAAAAAUAAUAAAGAAGCAAAGGAACUGGGUCUUACCAGUAAAGAUUUUACACAUUUUCAAACGUUGGUACAGCUUCUUACUGAACAAGAAACUACACCUCCACUCAACAACUUCAAACCACUGAGUUGGUUCACCCCCAACUUUAGGGAUGAUAUAAAUGUGGACUUGCUUGUAAAAAUGACAACUGACAUAAUCGAAUCCCUACCUAUACCUAAAAUCCACCAGAAUAAUCUUUCUAGUGGGGAACAAAAUGCACUCAAAGAUCUGAGCAAUAAUAAAAAUAUUGUUAUAAAACCAUCUGAUAAGGGAGGUAAUAUUGUCCUAAUGGAAAGGGAGGACUAUGUGAACAUGUGUCUAACACAUCUGAAUAAUUCUUCCUGCUACAGUAAACUCGAGGGGGACCCUACUUCAUCUUAUCUCAAAUCCCUUCAAACCUUACUAGAUACUGCCAUGACAAACAGCAUUAUAACUAAUGAUGAAUUGAGAUUUAUUUUACUCACCAACUAUUGCCACUUUCUAUUGUCUACCAAAGGUGCACAAAAAUCUCACCCAUCCCCCGGGUAGACCAAUCGUUUCUGGGAACCAAUGUCUGACAGAAAAUGCCAGCAGGUUUCUUGAAAAUCUACUACACCCCUUUGUAAUGAGCUUAGAUUCCUUCCUACAAGACACUUAACAGACCCUACUGACUUUGGAAAAUUUAAUAGUUCCACCUUAUACUCUUCUUGCGAGCUUAGAUGUGGUAUCACUAUAUAAUAAUAUCCCACACGUUAUAGGCAUUAAAGCCACAUCUUAUUUUUUUAGAGAAGUCCAAAAAAUUCUCCAUACAACAUCAACAAUUCAUAUUGGAUUUACUCACUUUUGUACUGACACACAAUUAUUUUGUAUUUAAUGGAGUAUAUUAUUUGCAAAUGAAGGGCACUGCUAUGGGGACAGCUUGUGCCCCUUGCUAUGCCAACCUGUACCUUGGCUGGGGGGAAGAAACUAUACUGUCUGAAAUUGAUCAUGAGUACAGCCAAUUCAUAUUGAAUUGGAAUAGAUACAUUGAUGAUGUGCUUCUUUUCUGGACAGGAUCCAUCCCAAAAUUCCAACAACUGGUCAAUAUUUUCAAUGACGACGACAUCGGAUUGCAAUUAACAUCUGUCAUCGAUGAAAAGACAUUGGAAUUUUUGGAUCUGAGAAUCAUACUGGGCAUGGAUGGUACA